UGCUUGCGAUUUUGACUCAGAUUAACACAUUUUCAGGAAUGUGUUAACCCCCCCCACACACACACACACACACACACACACACACACACACACCCGCCUGUGUUCUUAAGUAUCCCUCUGGCGUCAGUUUCCACUAGUAACGGACGGGAAUCGUAAUGAGUGUCUCUGGCAGAAUUACAGCCGAUCGGAAGGGGGAGGCUCCCUCUGGCUGCUUGCAAACUGCUCCCGAGAUGAUGUAGUCUGCUUUAACCUGGUGUAGCAGCCGCCAGCCUGUUGGUUUUGUCGUGUGUCGCCCCAACGUUCUGCUAUAGAAGAAGUUCAAUGGCAGGUCGCCGGAGGAGAGCCACCGAGGGAGAGACCACCAGCCGCGCGGCCGCAAGGGCUGCUGCCAUCGCCGAUCAGUUGCACAGUGAAUGUGGACUCCUACUGGAACUUUAUAGGAAGAAGGAGAGCCUUGGACCCGAUCUGGUCCUGUCUGACCUGUUGCUGGUCUCUGUCCUGCCCGCCUCCUCCCAGCUGGAGGUCCAAGACCAGCUGGGGCGCAUCAUCUCCGCCCUGGAUCAGUGUCACUGCCUGUUGGAGCGGGCCAUCGCCCGGGAAGAGCAGGCUGUCGGGGUGACAGUGGUGGGGAAGGCUGAAUACCAGAAGCAGAGGAAGACGGUGAAGGACAGGCUGGCGCUGCUUCUCGCCAGCACGCGGGGGGUCCUAAAGCGCUCCAGUGGAACUGCAGCUCUGACGACCACCACCAACUGUCAAGAGCCGGACGGGUCCACGGUGCUGUUCGAGGUGAAGAUGUGGAUCUACCGGAUCUACCGGGAGCUGGAAUACUGGAGCAAGGCCACCAUCACCCUCCUGCAGGCACCGGCCGGGCCGGCGUCCGUCCGCAUGUCCACCAGGAGAAGGAGGAACAUGCGAUAAGGGAGGGAGGGAGGGAGAGGAGUGCAGAGGGUUGGAGA